UCUCUCUCUCUCUGCCUCUCGCUCACUUUUCACCCCGUCGCGCACAGCCAAAGCAGCCGGACCGACGGCUCCCGCGCGCCCUCGCCGCACUCCUCCGACCCCUCGCCAGCUGCGCAGAUGGCCGCUCCCGGCGCGGGCUUUUGGUCCUUCGGGUCCGAGGACGGGUCCGGAGACCCGGAUAACCCCGGCCCAGCAAAAGCUUGGUGCCAGGCUGCCCAGAAGUUCACAGGAGGCAUUUCUACCAAACUCUGUGCUUUGCUCUACGGAGAUGGGGAGAAGCCCAUGGAAACGGGGGCUGCCAAGGAGGACCUCAACUCCAAGGCCAGGAAGGCGGCCUGCUCUUGCAACAAGAAGCCCUGCGGCUGCCCCAAGGAGGAGAUCAAUUAUGCCUUCCUGCACGCCUCAGAUCUCCUGCCCUCCUCGGAGGGCGAAGCGGCCACGUUGUCCUUCCUGCAGGACGUGGUGGAGAUUUUGCUCCAGUACCUGGUGACCAAUUUCGACCGCUCGACCAAAGUGAUCGAUUUCCACUACCCGAACGAGCUGCUUCAGGAAUACAAUUGGGAAUUGGCCGACCAACCGCAGACCCUGGAAGAAAUUCUGCUGCUUUGCAGGACGGCGCUCAAGUACGCCAUUAAAACAGGGCAUCCCAGGUAUUUUAAUCAACUGUCAACUGGAUUGGAUAUGGUUGGAUUAGCUGCAGAUUGGCUAACGUCUACAGCCAACACUAACAUGUUCACCUAUGAAAUAGCUCCAGUGUUUGUGCUCUUGGAAUAUGUCACAUUGAGGAAAAUGAGAGAAAUUGUUGGUUGGCCAGGAGGUGCUGGCGAUGGGAUCUUCUCUCCCGGUGGUGCCAUAUCUAACAUGUAUGCUAUGUUGAUUGCACGUUUCAAGAUGUUCCCAGAAGUUAAGGAGAAAGGAAUGGCAGCUAUUCCAAGAUUGGUUGCCUUCACAUCAGAGCAUAGUCAUUUUUCUGUGAAGAAAGGAGCAGCAGCCUUAGGAAUUGGUACUGACAGUGUGGUUUUAAUCCGAUGUGAUGAGAGAGGCAAAAUGAUCCCAUCUGAUCUUGAAAGGAGAGUCAUUGAAGCAAAGCAAAAGGGUUUUGUUCCUUUCCUAGUAAGUGCCACAGCAGGAACUACAGUAUAUGGGGCAUUUGACCCACUGAUAGCCAUUGCAGAUAUUUGCAAGAAGUACAAGAUAUGGAUGCAUGUUGAUGGAGCAUGGGGUGGUGGGCUGCUGAUGUCAAGGAAACACAAAUGGAAGUUAAAUGGCAUUGAAAGGGCUAACUCUGUGACGUGGAAUCCACACAAGAUGAUGGGGGUCCCUCUACAAUGCUCUGCUCUGCUUGUUCAGGAAGAGGGACUGAUGCAAAGCUGCAACCAGAUGCAUGCUUCCUACCUCUUUCAACAAGACAAGCACUAUGACCUCUCGUAUGACACUGGCGACAAAGCCUUGCAAUGUGGGCGCCAUGUGGAUGUCUUCAAACUAUGGCUGAUGUGGAGGGCAAAGGGCACUGUAGGAUUUGAAGCUCACAUUGACAAGUGCUUGGACCUUGCAGAAUACCUGUAUAACAAAAUAAAGAACAGAGAAGGCUAUCAAAUGGUAUUUGAUGGAAAGCCUCAACACACAAAUGUUUGCUUCUGGUAUCUGCCUCCCAGUUUGCGGAAUAUGGAGGAUAAUGAAGAAAGAAUGAAUCGGCUUUCAAAGGUGGCCCCAGUAAUUAAAGCCCGAAUGAUGGAGUGUGGUUCCACUAUGGUCAGCUAUCAGCCUCUGGGAGACAAGGUCAACUUCUUCCGUAUGGUUAUCUCCAAUCCAUCAGCAGCUCACCAAGACAUCGAUUUUCUGAUUGAGGAAAUAGAGCGCCUUGGGCAAGAUUUAUAAUCAUGUGGUCUAUCAGACUCUUCUGAAAUGUCUCUAGGUAGACAAUUAAGUUGUCACAAACUGUGGUGAAUGUAUUUGUAGUUUGUUCCAAAGUGAAUCUAUUUCUAUAUUGUGGCGUCAAAGUAGAGUGCAAUUUAAAAUUGAGAACAUUGCUCCUCUUUAAAAGUUUUUUCCCUCACCCUUGAGUUUGUGAAUACAUCUUUUCUGAUGAUGUAACAUAUAAAAGGCUGCAUUCAUGCAAAUCAGAAGUCAAAUCCAUGCUUGCAGUCUCGCCCUCUCCAAAUUUUAGUAUGGUUAAUACAAAUGGUAGUUUAUGCUAGUAGCAGCCAUACAAAACAGUGCCAAAUUUGCUCCCAAACCAUUGCAAAAUAAAAUGAGGAGCAGUGUGCAGCAAAACAAAACAAAAAAUGCUUUAAAACGCUGAUGUUUUGCCUUUUUUUCUUAGUCUAUUAGAACAGAAUUUCUAAUUUACAUGCAAACAUUUCAGAUGUAUUUAAAUACAUAUAAUUUUACAAAAGAAAUAUAUAAAUAUAUAAAUAUAUAUUAAAAAGAUCCUAUUUUGUAAAAUAUAGAUUUUUUAUUUUAUAUGGGUUAUAAUGAUUGCAGGGACAAAUAAUAACAGUAACAAUAAUGAUAAGAAAAAUAAAGUAUUUUAUUUUCCUUUAAAGAAGGUGCACCAGAUAUCUAACCAUGCUUGGUUUGAGACUUGAUCCCACAUCAGUUCUGAAAAGGAAAUGUCCCUCAGAUGUAUGUGAGACUUCCUCUUGCACAUCUCCAGAGUUUGGUAUUGCAAAACCGCAAGUGAUUACUGCAGCUCUUAAACAAAACAAAGACCAAUGAUACCUAAAUUGCAAACUGCUGCUGUUCCUAAAAUACUUCCCUUGUGGCCUAGCUAAGCAGACGCACAAUCAUAAAAGAUUGGUUUACCCAAGAUUAAUCCUAGGGUUGUAUGUGGAGUCUUGUUCAAAAAGGGUUACACUUCAGAUUAAAUGCAAUGACCAUCUUUAUGGGCUGCAGGUGAAAGACAACUGAAGUUUCUUAUUAUGUAAUAAUUCUAAAUUCUAAGCAGGUCAGCUCACAAAGCUAAGCAGUAAGAGAUAUGUUUGUUGGGACAACAACUACCCUGAGGGUGGAAGAAGGGAGAGCUGGACUGGAUUCACAAGACCAAAAUUCACCAGCAAAUCUGCAUUAGCAGUCAACCAGAAGUCCUUUCUUGGGUGCUUCCAGAUGUGGCUUUGAUCAUGCAAUUGGCCUUCAUGAUUCUUAGUGUUUUAUGGGAAUACAGAAGUUGUUGUCUUCCAUGUAUGACCCUUCCAUCUUUUCCUACUGCACCUUCUCACAAUUGGCUUUCUAUAAACACACAUGAAAUUUCUUAAGGCAGAAUAACUGCACAAUGUAUUCAUAAGCCUGUGGAAACUCUCCUUGUUGAAAUCCAAGGAUCCAGAUCUAACUUCAAAGCACAGAUACAUGAUAUGGUGCUAGAGAGCUCAGACUAAUAUGGUGGCUGUUUGCCUAGCUUUGGUUGCUGAAACCACUGCUAGGAGACUUGUUGCCCUCCAGAAGGUCAGAGCUUGAGAAAGUUGCUCUUUGAACUGUGACCAAUAUCCUGUAUCAGGGUUGUGUAAUGUAAAUCUCCUCAAAGUUACAGGUUGAUUGUGCUACCCAACUUUUGUGUUGAAGAAUAAUGUUGCUCAGAUGAAUGUACAGUUGGAGGCUCAACUGCAUGGCUAACCAGAUGCAAAUAUAAAGGAAUACCUCUGAGAACUUCAGCAGGAACAUAUUGGUAUGCAUCAGUUGAGAAUGUAAGUCCACCUGUGCAAUGGGACUGCAUGUACAACAUUGCUUCUGUGAUUGUGAAUAAAAUGUGGAUGUUUUACAACCACUUUCUCAAGACAUGAACAGGAUUCAGGCCAACAUCUCCCAAAUCCCUCAAGCCAGCAUGGGAGAUGUAGUCAAUGCGUCAGCACCAGUGAGGCUGAAUGGGGCUGAUGGAAAAUGGAAUCCAAGAAGAUCUGGAAUGCCGUACCUGGCCUGAGUCACUCUGUAAACUUACACAGAAAGACAGAGAGAGAGAGCAGUUUCUCCAUGAUUUCUUAGAACACACAUAGAAUAUUUCAGCUGAUUUCUGCAUAAAACUGCUGACAUCAUCAGGGAUAUUUAGUUGCAAUCAACACAGUCCUUGUAAAGCAAGAGUCUUGUAGAACUAUAUAGUUAUACCACUAUAUAGUUAUACCACUAUGAUUCCACUAUGAUUCCACUUUAACUGCCAUGGCUCCAUUUUAUAGAAUCCUGAGAAUUGCACUUUCGGGAGAGGUCUUAAGAAAUUUCAGGCAGAGAGCUCUAGGACCUCACCAAACUACAAACCCUAGGAUUCCACAUGAUGUAAUCAUGACAGUAAAAGAGGAAUCAUGGUGUUAUAAGAGUGUAUUGUGAACAGUUCCAUAGUCAGCUACUGGAACCCUCUGUAAUUCAAAGACAAAGACUCUCUGCAUGCAUCUGAGAAAACAUGCAGAGGGAUACAACACAAAUUCCAGGGAUCCGCAAUUCUACCCCAUAUCUGAUGUCAUGUAGACUAAGGGUGAAUCGGCAUUGCUUGGUAAAUCUGCAGACAAGCCCAGAGCAGAAAUUAUCUGGACUGGCUCUGGAGAAGGCCACAUACACCUCAUCAAAUCUGCUGUGGUGCUGCAUGGAUCUCCAAAUAGUACAGCCAACCUGAAAUCAUAAAGGGACCUGCCUCUGUAGACGCCCAGUGCUGCUAAGGCUUGGCUCCAGUCCUGAGUUAGAAGUAAUGUAUACCUGAGACUGCAGCCUUCUAUUACUGAGAAUAUUUAUAUCAUUUCCCCUUAUCCACUUCUUCUGAAGAAUUAGAGAUGGAGGUCAACAACACCUAAAGGACCACAUAUCUCUCAACCAUGACUUAAACCAGUGGUCCUUGGACCAGUGCUGGUUCUUGAGCCAUAGGCAAGUGUCCAGGAAAGUAAGAAGCAUCAAUAUAAUGCAAUUUCCUGGUACAAUGGGGGAAAAAUUCCCAGUCCCCCACAUGAGAUCAACUAAGGAAAAACUAUGUAUUGUCAAAGGCUUUCAUGGCUGGGAUCACUGGGUUGUUGUAGGUUUUUCGGGCUAUAUGGCCAUGUUCCAGAAGCAUUCUCUCUUGAUGUUUCACCUGCAUCUAUGGCAGGCAUCCUCAGAGGUUAUGAGGUCCUAACAACCUCACAACCUCUGAGGAUGCCUGCCAUAGAUGCAGGUGAAACAUCAGGAGAGAAUGCUUCUGGAACAUGGCCAUUCAGCCCAAACUUAUAACAACCUAAGGAAAAACUCACAUAGAUUUUAAGGAUGUGAGACAUGUUACACUCUGAGGCAACCUCCUUCAACAUGUUCGUCCGCAGUUGCUGAUGGACUCCAACUCCCAUCAGCCCUACCCAGCAUGAUCAGGGAUUAUAUCAAUUGAAGAUAAAACUCUUGGAGACCACCAUGUUUCAGAAAACUGGUUGGGGAGAUGGAGAGGAAAUCGGUCACGUGUUGGUUUUAUGCCUUGGAGUUCCCUCCACUUAUAAACCUAGCUCAAUUUUGGGGUCUAGCUUUAACUCGAAUCAACAUGGCCACCUGGGUUUGUAAAGCAAUAGCGUUUUACACUCUCUCCAAAUACUUGAAGCAAACAAAUGUAAUGUAACAAUUUGAUGAAAACUACAUAACUUUGGGUAUAGGCUCAUUGUAACAUUAAGAAAUAGGAAUAAGGAGAUUAUAAAUUGUGUCUGUAAUUGUGUUGCCUUUUAAAAUUAUAUUGAUAGUAUGUUUUUGUCACCUCAGACUGAGGGCUGUGCACUUUAGAUUUAAAGGCUGUACAGUGUUGCCAGUCAACAUAAUUGCUGUAUAAGCUUGUAUAAUAUGUUACUGAGAUGUCCUUAUCUGUGUGGUAGCAGUAUUGAAUCUUGAUAUUGUAAGAACUGCAUUCAUUCUAGUUCUUCUAUUACUCACCUGCUGUAGAUCACAACAUCCUCUUCAACCCCGAUUCCCAAGAACAAUAUUCAAUUAUUUACAUUAAAGUGUGAGUUCUGGAAAGCUUAAUAGCUCUGCCAAUAAGAUCUAAAGCAGCUUGUUUCAAGCUACCCUACUUGCCCAGAUCCCAAUGGACUACAGAAUUUCCUGUACUUUUGGACAUUUCCCAUUCACUUCAAUGGAUGGGCAGCUCUGUGCUUACUUCUAUAGAUUGGGGCAUAUGGGCUUCACUCAUUAAGCACUGGUGUUCUGUCAUCACUGUUCCCAUGAUGGUAGUACAACUUUCCUGGAUGCAAAUGGAAAAUUGUGCACUUGAGAUAAAUGUUGCCAUUAAAUGGCUCAUUUACAACUUAUCCACCAAAUGCUUCUGCUUCCCCAAGGGAGAGGCAGUGCAGAGACUACAGCUAUGAUGAUCUAUAGGUAUGGGUUACAUCUUGCAUGUAUUUUUUUUAAAAAAAGAAAUAAUAAAGCUGAUUACAGUGUUGUAGAUAUUAUUUAUGUGUAUAUGUCCAAGAUCUUCACCUGGUGUUUUGAUGUGGCUAAACACCAGCCGGACUUUCUUUUUUCCACGUUAACUGUCUGUUGCAUCUAGGGAAAAGAACUACCUGGCAAUCUGUUCUUCUUGUAUUUGAUUCAAGUAUUUUAUCUGUGGUGAUGUCACUCAGAACCCAAAUAAAUAUAUAUAUAAAUUGUG